AUGUCUGCUCCCGCCGUCCCGCCCGGCGGCACCAUCGUCGACACCUUCAAGCAGUCCUUUGUCGACGUGCCCAUUGACGCCCAAAAGGGCAACGCCAUUGCCACCACCGAGUUCCUCGACGCCGCAGAGUCCCUCACCACCAUCUUUGAUGCCCUCGGCUCCGUCGCCUUUUCCCCCGUCAAGUCGGACCUGGUGGGCAACAUCAAGAAACUCCGCGAAAGGCAGCUCGCCGCCCCGGCCGAGUCCGAAAAUGUCCAGGACCUCUGCCGCAAUGAGCUCAAGACCAAGAAGCACACGGCCACCGAGGGCCUCCUGUGGCUGGUCCGAGGUCUCGAGUUUACCUGCAUCGGCCUCAGCAGCAACAUCGAGAAACCCUCCGACGAGCUCGCCGACUCGUUCCGCGGCGCAUACGGCGACACCCUGAAGCCUCACCACGGCUUCCUCGUCAAGCCCAUCUUCAGUGCCGCCAUGAGCGCCUGCCCCUAUCGCAAGGAUUUUUACGCCAAGCUCGGUGCCGACGAGAAAAAGGUCACAAGGGAGCUGCGAGUCUACCUCGACGCCCUGAAAAAGAUUGUCGGAAUUCUUAAGGGCUUCCUCGACACCAAGGACGCCAAGUGGUGA